AUGGAAAUUCAAUUAAUUAAUACAAAUGAAAGAUUUAUUUUCAUUAAUAAUCAAAAUAAUAAAUCAAGUUUAUUUUUAAAUAAACCAGAUAAUAAAGUAUCUAUUGGACCAUUCGACAAGGUAAAUGAAGAAAAAGAAAGAAUAUUAUCACAAUUGUCAAUCAAAGGUAUUAUUGGUAUUAUUCAAUUAGUAUCAGGAUACUAUUUAAUGGUUUUCAAAGAUAAGAAAUUAGUAGCAACUGUUAUGGAUAAAAAGAUAUUCCAAAUGAAAGAUAUUGAAGUUAUUCCAUUCCAUGCAAAUCAAUUAUCAUUAAUCAAUAUCCCAGAUCAAGAUUCCGAAGAAAAUCAUUUAUCAAUGAUCAAGUGGUUAUUGUCAUCAGAAUAUUUCUAUUUCAGUUAUGACUAUGAUCUUACCCAUACUCUUCAAAGACAAUAUGAAAUGCCAGAGCAAUCACGUAAAGCUUCAAUUUAUGAACGUUGCGAUGAACGUUUCUUUUGGAAUGAAAAAUACACCCGUUUCCUUGAUGACGCAAGCGGUAAAUUUGAUGACUGGAUUCUUCCAAUCACUAUGGGUUUCGUCGAAUCAAAGAAAUUGGGCAAAUUUGACUUUACUUUAAUCUCUAGAAGAAAUUUACAUCGUUCAGGUACCCGUUACAAUGUACGUGGUAUUGACAAGAAAGGUAAUGUCGCCAACAAUGUCGAAACAGAACAAAUCAUCCAAGUCAAUAGUAAUACUCUCACCUCAUUCGUUCAAGUUAGAGGUUCAAUUCCAUUAUUAUGGUCUCAAUUCCCAACUCUUAAAUAUAAACCAGCUGUCAAAUUCUAUGGUAAUGAAAAAGAUAACACUCAAUCAUUACAAAAACAUUUCGAUCAACUCCACAAACUCUAUGGUCCAACUACAAUCGUAAAUUUAAUUGAUCGUAAAGGUGCAGAAUUAAAACUAGGUGAAGCCUACGAAAAGAAUGUCAAAUCACUUAAAGAUACUAAAUACAUUUGGUUCGAUUUCCACAGCAUUUGUAAAGGUAUGAGAUACGAUAAACUUUCAAUUCUUAUGGAUCAACUCGCCGAUGAUAUCAAGCAAUAUGGUUUCUUUUAUCUCGAAAAUGGUAAAGUUGUCAAAAAGCAAAAUGGUGUUUUCCGUACCAAUUGUAUCGAUAAUCUUGAUCGUACCAAUGUAGUUCAAUCAUUAAUCACUCGUCAUUCAUUAGCCAACCAACUUUUACACGUCAAAGAGUUCCCAAGUGAUCUUUUCAAAGGUGAUUCAUUCGAAUAUGUUUUCAAGAAUGUUUGGGCUGAUCAUGGUGAUGCCAUUUCAACUCAAUACAGUGGCACAGGUGCUUUAAAGAACGAUUUCACUAGAACUGGUAAAAGAAAUUUCCAAGGUGUUCUCCGUGAUGGUGAAAACUCUGUAAUGAGAUAUUACUUAAACAACUUUAAAGAUGGUUUCAGACAAGACAGUUAUUUCUUAUUUACAAAUGAUGUCGAUUUAACAGUACCAAAGCAACACGAAUCCAAACCACCAUCACCAUUAAUUUGGAUCUCUUCUUUGGUUUUAGCUUCAGUUGCAAUCUCAUAUCUUUAUUUACCAUCUGCAACAUCAGGUGCUACAGGUUUAUUAGCUCAAACCAUCACUAUUGCUGGUUCAAUUUAUAUCGCAUUAAAAUUAGCUAUGAAAAAUCAAUCAAAAAUUGUCGAUAAACCAACUUUAUUCGAAUUGGAUUCAAUUUAUAAUUAAAUAAAUAAUAAAAUAAUAAAAUAAUAAUAAAUAAUAAAUAAUAAAUAUAAAUAAAAUUAAAUGUAUUAAAAGGUAAAACUAAA